AUGUCGUCGCCUGACGUUGUCUCGCUAUUAGAGAACUCGAAGGAGCUCGAUCGGGUAAGGAAAGAACAGGAGGAGAUUCUCUUAGAGAUCAACAAGCUCCAUAAGAAGCUUCAAACUAGACAAAGGCAAUUGAAUGAGGGAAUGUCUCCUGAAGUGGUUGAGAAGCCUGGGGAUACCUCAUUGGCAAGGCUUAAAGUGUUGUACACUCAAGCAAAAGAUCUUUCAGAAAGUGAAGCAAGGAAAAGGUAA